CGUAAUGAUACCAUAACAGAGUAACCCGAAAACCGAUGAGGGUAGUCUUGCUAUAUUUUUCGUUAAAAAAAGGUCAGGGCUCUUUCAAGGAAUCACUUGGGAAAUCGAAGUUGAAGAAGCCUGCUAGUUCGCAUCACAAUCGUGAAUCGCAGGGUCAUCGAGGGAUAUUAGGACAUUUUCGAAUUUCAGAUGGGUUCGAACUGUCUCUGUUGUAGCUAUUUACGGAGUUGUGGAAGGUCUUUAUGCCAUUUUAUCCUAUCACAAGAGGAAGGAGUACGACGUAAACGCCGUUUGAUUUGGGGAGUGAUCGUUUUGCUUAUUGUGGAUGUGAUUUGGGUCGGCUCAGCAGAGUUGACUGAUUUUAUCUUCAAAAGUGAAGGAUUUAACAAGCCCUUUUUCACCACAUAUGUCAAGACGUCAUCUUUUAUGGUCUAUCUCACUGGAUUCCUUUUUUAUGAGCCUUGGAGAAUACAUUGUAAAAACUGUAAUGACACAACUAAUGUAUCAGGAUCAGAUGUGAGCCAAACUGGAGAAAGCUCAUCACUUUUAGGCUCUUCUGACUCAUCACCGGCUCCCGAACCACACAUGAACGAGCCAACUUUUGAGCAAAUGACAGAUGAUGAGCGCACCAGCGGAGUUGAUAUGGUUUCUAGUAAUUCAUAUGAAAUAAUUUCAAAGCCUAGAAAAGUAACCUUCAACAGUGUGAGAGAGGUGCGUCGGUUAGCAGACCAUGUUGGGGAACAGGCCUGGAGUGCACGACGGCCAUAUCAGGCUUCACAAUUACCAAGCCAUAAGUUUCCUCUUAGGAAAGUGGCUAAAGUGGCUUUAAUCUUUUGCUUUUUGUGGUUCAGUGCUAACUGCAGUUACCAAGUGGCCAUUUCCAACACAUCACCAGCUGCUGUCAAUAUUUUGUCCUCUUCAUCAGGACUCUUUACACUCAUUUUAGCAUCUAUAUUCCAGAGUUCAACUUCUGACAAAUUUUCAGUAACAAAGCUUGUUGCUGUUCUAAUGAGUGUUACUGGUAUUGUGCUGGUUACACUAGCAGACUCUAGAAAAAAAGGGGAUGGAAUCAGUGUUGGAGCAUUAUGGGCCUUGGCCAGUGCAUUCUUGUAUGCUUGUUAUUUAACAAUGAUAAAACAUAAGGUUCCCAAUCAGAAGCAGAUGGACAUUCCCAUGUUCUUUGGUCUCGUUGGAUUGUUUAAUUUCAUUCUUCUGUGGCCUGGAUUUUUCAUUCUCAACUAUUGGAAAGUUGAGCAAUUUAUGCUUCCUCCAGAGCCAACUGUUUGGGGCUAUAUUACUUUGAAUGCCCUCAUUGGAACAGUUCUGUCAGAAGCCUUGUGGCUUUGGGGCUGUUACUUGACGUCAUCAUUAACAGCUACACUUUCUUUGGUUUUGAUCUUACCACUGACCAUGAUCGUUGACGUGUUCAUGAAGAGAGUCCAUUUCUCAUGGAUGUUCUUUUUGGGCACUAUACCGGUUUUUUUGUCAUUUUUCGCUGUGAGCUUUUUAACCCAUUACGGAGAUUGGGACCCAAUCUGGAUUGGAGUGAAGAAACUCGCCAAUAGCCAGAGGCAGCUUGUUAUUGGGAGAUUGGAUGCAGAGCAAACAGAGAGCUUGAGAAACGCUUCUGUUCAUGGAGAAGAGAACAACAGAGGGGAUGACUUAGAGACCUAAAGAGCUUUGAAAGGGAACAUUCCCUCCUCCUAGGCCCCCUUCCCUGCUCCUAUUUCCGACAUCUGACUCAUCCCCAGUCCUUCUCAAAGAAGGCUACACGGGCAGGAUAAGAGCACGAAGUGUGAUUGAUAGGGAGAAAACGAAAGAGGAAGAAGUUUCUUCCCAUUUCUUGUCACCCUUUUUGUCUCACCCAAGUGCCGAAAGGCAUUUUGGGGACGACUAGGGGCGAGUUAGACGGAACAUUGAGCAUGUGCAUAGUGAUAGUCCAAUUAUCCCCCGAAAAUCAGUAUUCAUUUGCAUUUGAAGUAAAUUGUUGAUAUGCUUCUUAGCUAUUCACAAAUUUAAUAAUUCUUGAGUUAGUGACAGAAACUUGGGAUAAUGAUAAUUGUAAUGUUAGUGGCUUUUUACAUGUCAAAUUUAUUAACACAAAAUUACAAAAAUUUUCAAUAUCUUAAGAAUUUUACAUAAAUUAUUUAUAUGUAACUCGUUUCCAAAGUGCUCCUCUUUGAAACGACAGGAGGGAACUUGGGAACGAGUUUGGCUCAUCAAAAUUUUUUUAGACAAAGUUUGACCCUAUUUUUGCAUAGAUUACGUAAGUAUGAAUCUAAGUUAAUUUCAAAUCGUAUCAUUAUUUAAUUAACACCUUGGCGAGAAUUAAGAAUCUGUAACCUCAGGUAAAAUAUUUUUAUGCGAAACAAGUGUCUUGCCGUACGCAACUUGUGAAAUUCAGGAAUUUAUGUACACCAAGAAGGAUCCUCUCUUGGUUUGUAAUAAAUCUAUCCUUUGUGAAA